GCAGCCAAUGGGAGCGGCGCCUCGCGGCGGCUCCGGCCAAUAGGCGGCGGCCGGGCCGUUUGGCGGUUGAAGAUGGCGGCGGCAAACGGCGGCGCUAAGGAGAAGGAGGCGGUGGCGAAUGAGGAGGAUGGCGGCGGGGCCCCCGCUCCGGCGGCGCCGGGCCGCGGCCAGCUCUUCGCCGCCGUGGUGGACACCUUCCUGGAGAAGCUGGUGGCGGCGGGGAGCUACCAGAGGUUUGCGAACUGCUACCGCGACUUCUACCGGCUGCAGCCCGAGCUGACCAGGAGCAUUUACGACCAGUUCGUGUCCCAGCUGCAGGCCUCCAUCAAGGAGGAGAUUCAGGAGGUGAAGGAGGAAGGGAACCUGGAGGCGCUCUUUAACUCGCUGGAUAAGAUCGUGGAGGAGGCAAAGGAGCAGGAAGAGCCCGCGUGGCGUCCCAGCGGGAUCCCCGAGGAGGACGUUCGCAGCGCCAUGGUGCCGUACCUGCUGAAGCACCGGGCUUACCUCCGCAAGGUCCUGAAGGAGAAGGAGGAGGAGAACAGGAAGCUGGCGGAGGCCGUGCUCGCUGGGAGGGACAGAAUCGCAGAGCUGCAGCGGCUCAUACAAGACCGCAAACAAGCCUGGCAGGCGAUUAGUAAAGAGCAGCGAGAGCUCGUCCUGACGUUCAAGGAGCCCCAGUGAGGAAGCAAAGACUCUGUAAAUGUUUCACACAUGGAUUCUGUCUUCAUCUCCGGAGCCCCAGAAAUGCUUUGGGAAGUGGGUUCCGCUCCUGGCCUGUAUAAACUGUGCAAACAGCCCUGCGCACUCGUGUUCCUCUGGCAGGCUGAAAGGAGCUCUUGCAGGAGGACCGAGCCACUACUGAACUUGCAUGAUUUGAUCAAAGAUUGUGAAGAAAUGAGAAAAUGCAUCAGGAUCUUUAGAAACAGACGACGAUUUCCUAUUCCCCGCUCAGCUCAACAGUGAGGAGAAUCCUACAGCUGCGGUGGCUGAAGCACGUCUGUACGCUAACAUGCCGCUUUAGCACUGUGACGAGCGUGAUUCUGGCUUCCUAAAGCUGAAUCUGAGACCCUCGAGGCAUUUCAGUGCACUCUGCAGAAACCUUGGUGCCUUAUGCAACAAGCAGAGCGCAGAUGCUGCCUGUGCUCUGUGCGGGGCGGAGGAGCCGGGGGGCUGUCAGCAGAGCUCUGCGGCACGCAAAGCGCGCUGUCGGUUAAAUGUUACCGUGGCAUUUCAUACAGCCGAACUGUAAAUAGCCACUUUGGACUCUCUUGCCCUAUUUUCGCAGUGUUCACUUUCAGUAUCUGUUUCUUUAAACAAUUGUCCACCCGUUGCCCUUUGGAAAAGACACGUUAGCAGCCGCCCUGUCACACCAAGUGCCUCCUGUGUUCUUUUUUCCCAGCUAUUCCUUUACAACAGCUCUCUGCACACGCACAGAAGACGCGCCGAGGCUGCCUCUCCAGGGACCGCAGCGUGUCGUUUGUGUGUGCGCGUAGCUGAGCAGGGGUUAAAUGGCCGGGCUUGGUGCAGGGGGUCAGUGAGCCCCUUCCCUUCGUGGGAUCUCGCUGUGUCUGGCAAGGAUUAACCGGGAGCCUCUUUCCAACGGCUGCCGGCUCUGCCAAGGGCAGCGGUUCCCUACCUGUCCCGGCAGCCGUCUCCCUCCUGGCCCGCUCAGCGCUUUGGCUGUGGGCGAAAGCCGUCCGGAGGAGAGGCUGCCCGGCCCCGUGGGGAAAUACGGAUUCUGAGAACAAAGAUGGCAAUUUCCCCUGAGCACAAGCCUCUGUUUCCAAUUAGAGGCAGCCAAAGCAUGUGAUUGACUGACUUAGGCAUAUUUUCCUUUUGUCGUAAACAAGCCUUCCCUUGCUGCAUUAUAAUCUAAAUAAAUUGGAGCUGUUGUUCCCCUG